AUGGAGUCACUCACAUACCUCCCGGUACUGUUGCCCGAGUUGGAUAUAUCGACUGUGAAAAUGGUAUUAGUCAAUUUGGAACAUUCACUGUACGAAGAGGAGGAACUUGAUCUCUUCGCGUCAGACCAGUUAACUCAAUUCGCACAGAUCUUGGGACAAAAUGAAAUCCAGGCCCUCUUCCCGUUUUAUAACGUAUUGUUGGGAGCAUCGGAACUGAACAUCAGAGAGAAGGCAACGACUUCCUUUGGAGAGAUGGUGAUGAUGUACCCCACAUAUGACUAUAUGCCAUUUAUCAAAGACUUGUGUAAUGUGUCCAUAUACGGAAAGAUAUCGGCAGUCAAAUUGAUCGCACUUGUUCCUGAGUCGAAAGAGUCAUUUAGUAUAUUAAAGACACUCUCGACAGAGAAAUUUCCACCCAUCAGAAAGGCGAUGUCCGUCUGUGUGGAAAAGCUUCAUAACUUCCCCAAAGAAAUCAUCGACGUUCUUUUUAAAGACCCCAUCGACUCUGUUAGAGUAGGGUUUGCAAGAUGCUUACCACUUCUUUGCAGAAAGGAAGAAAACAAGUCGUAUUUCAUGACACUUGCAAAGGACGUCUGUUGGCAUGUGCGAUACGUGUGCGCGGUGAAUAUCGGGAAAUGCUGUGACGCGUUCCCGGGUGACGCGUUAAGUGAUGAUAUUCAAGAGAUCACUUUUGCAUUGUUGAACGACGAAGACGACCAAGUGAGAGCUAUGGCCGCAAGUCAUAUUGCGGAUAUCACGAAGAAGAUCCCGCCUGAAAUUAUUAUUAAUAAAAUAUUACCCCUGGCUAAUAAAUUGGCAGAAGACCCUGUUGUUGAUGUUAGAUCGUCACUUGCCGAAGCUAUCACACAAUUGGCGCCACAGAUUGGUAAAGCGAACUGUCAAAAGUACUUGUUUAAGACGAUUGACAUGUGUUUGCAGGAUGAGAAGACGGAAGUACAACUCAAAAUUAUCACAACACUCGACUAUUUGAAUCAUGUGAUGGUGUUGUCCCAGUUAUCACAAAAAGUCCUUCAGACUGUGAUGAGGUUGGUUAAUGACCAAAACUGGAGAUGCAGAUUACAAACGAUCGAAUUAAUACCAGACUUGUUACUUCAGUUGCAAGAAUGUCAUUUUGAGUUGAUCAAAGUCAGUGUCUCAGUGCUGACAGAUAAGGUGUAUGCUAUUCGAAUCAAGGCUAUUGAAAAUAUUAAGAAGCUUUUAACUUCAUUUGGGAUAGAGUGGGUUAAGAGUAAGAUCCUUCCAUCAGUCAUUUCAUUGGCGAAUUCCCCACUCUAUUUACAUCGUACCAUUUGUCUGAACUGCAUAUCACAAAUCAUACCAUCACUGUCUGUGGAGACAAUCACUACUAUUGUCAUUCCAAUCACUUUGAAACUGCUCUCAGACAAAGUCCCGAAUGUCAGAUUUAAUGCAAUUAAGACGUUUGUUGUCUGCUUACCACUUGUCACUCCAAAUGUUAUACAAACAAGAAUUAAACCUGCACUUGUGGCGUGCAAGACGGAUAAAGACCCAGAUGUUGUUUUAGAGGUUGGCAAGGCACUCGAUGGAGUUAAUCAAUUCUUAUGUUGA